GACCUGGGCACCACGUACAGCUGCGUGGGAGUUUGGAAGAACGACGGUGUCGAGAUCAUUGCCAACGAUCAAGGCAACCGGACCACUCCUUCCUAUGUGGCCUUCACGGACACCGAGCGCCUGAUCGGCGAUGCAGCCAAGAACCAGGUCGCUCGAAACCCCGAGAACACGGUGUUCGACGCCAAGCGCCUGAUUGGCCGCAAAUUCAACGACCCCAUCGUGCAGUCAGACAUCAAGCUGUGGCCUUUCAAGUGCGUGGCCGGUCCAAGCGACAAGCCGCUCAUCGUGGUCACUGUGGAGGGCGAGGAGAAGAAGUUCCAUCCGGAAGAGAUUUCGUCGAUGGUGCUCCUUAAGAUGAAGGAGACGGCAGAGGCCUACCUUGGUUCCAAGCUCAACGACGCCGUCGUGACGGUGCCCGCGUACUUCAACGACUCGCAGCGCCAGGCCACCAAGGAUGCAGGAACGAUCUCGGGCAUGAACGUUCUGCGCAUCAUCAACGAGCCGACCGCAGCAGCGAUC